AUGCCUCGUCAUCUAUUGUUUGAAUCAAAAACAACUUUGUCAACAAAUAAAAAUACUUUAAAUCAAUCGGAGAGAAUUCAUAAUAAAGAAAAUGAACUAGAUGAAGAUGAUCAACCGAGAAAACAUUCAACAAAUAGAACAGACGAUACAUUCGUAUUUCGAGAACAUAGACAAAGAUGGUCUAAGAAUCAAUCAACAUCUGAUAAACGUCAGCAACAUCAAUCAUCAUCGAAAAUGGGUACUACAUUUUCAGGUUCUGGAUCAGCAUUAUCAGAUUCACCAUCACCUGUAGCUAAUGGAAUACGAUCAAAUCUAUUCAAUAGUCUAAGUCCUUCUCGGGAUAAAGAUGGAGGACGUAUUCCACUAUCUACAACAGCUCUACUGAAUGAUUCACGUUCACCACCACGUAUUAAAGUUCUUGAAUUACGUGCUGAAAUUGAAAGUAAACCAACAUUAAUCGAUGAAACAUCAUCAUCAGUUUUAAAAUAUAAAACACCACAAUUUAAAUCACACGUUACUUUUCAAAUGCCUGCUAUUGAUGAAAAUCAAAAUUGGAAAGUUGGAUGGAUUCAAGCUUGCACACAUAUGGAAUUCUUCAGUAACUUUGAAAACAAAAAAAAAUACAAGCUCAACAAAUUAAUUGACUCUGUUGUAUCUCUAGAUACGUAUGGAGAUUAUGGUUAUACAUCAUGGGAAUUUCCUGAAAUGGUGACACGUGAAAAACCAUUAAUAAAUGAUAGUGAUGGACGAAAUUAUCCUUGGUACGGUAGUUCACAUCAAGUCGUUACAAUCAAUGGACCUAUAUCACAUACAUCAAAAUAUACAGUUACAAUGAGAGAUUUUUUUCAUCCUUGGUAUGUCUAUUGA